UUCACAGCAGCCAUGUCGGCUCCGAACUGGGGGGAAAAGCUCCAGGAUGAGCUGGUUUGUGCCAUCUGCCUGGAGCCCUUUAAAGACCCAGUGAUUCUAGACUGUGGGCACAAUUACUGCCAAGCCUGUAUCACUGGCAGCUGGGGGGCCUCGGGCACAGGCCUUUGCCCCCAAUGCAGGAAACCUCUCCCCGAGGCAGCGCUGAGGCCUAACAAGCAGGUGGAGGCGGUGGUGGGCAUAGCAAGACGCCUAGAAGGACAAUGCAAGAAACAUCGAGAUGAUUUGAAGCUCUUCUGCAAAGAGGACCGGACCCUCAUCUGCAGGGUUUGCAAAGAGUCUCGAGAACACAGAGCUCACACCGUCAUUCCCAUUGAGGAAGCUGCAGAGGAGUUUAAGGAGCAGCUUCUGAGCCAUCGGGCUCGUGUUCAGCGUGUGAGAGAUGAGCGAGGGGGACGGGCAGCUGCUGAAGAAGGGAAAUAUCGAAUUCUACUGAAACAGCUAGAACGCCAGAAGCAGGAGAGUUUGUCUGAAUUCAAGCAAGUGCGCCAGGUUUUGAAGCAGAGAGAGCAGCUCCUGCGUGACCGCCUGGAAGGCACGAUACAGGACUUUGGGAAGACGAGGAAUAAAAGUACCAACAGACAUUCUGAGGGGCUAUUACAUCUCGAUAACCUGAUAGCUGAGAUAAAUCAGAAGUGCCAGCAGCCGGGGAUUGAGCUGUUCAAGGACAUUGACAGCACCUUAAGCAGGUGUGAGCAGGUGAACGGUGAGGAGGAGGCGCCUGUUGAUUCUUUGACUGAAGUGGAGAGCAGGGCGCAGGCUCUCUCGGAAAGCCAGAAAGUUCUACGUGAUCUGCUGGAGAAUUUCAGAGUGGAAUUGGCUCCAGAAUUGGGUCAUCUUGAAAACAUCUCGUCUGAGGUUCAGGGACAAGUGAGUGGUGAAGACCCAACGGAGGAUAUGCCUGACAGCCCUAAAGAAGAGGACACUUCUGUUUGCCUGCUGGAUUGGGAGGAUGACAAACUCAGCUCAGACAGCUCUCAGAAGCAAGAAGUUGUCCCUACUGACAGACAGAAUAAUGUAACUGACUUCAUAAAUGUUGAGCCAGAGGGAGACAUAGAUGCUGAAUAUUUAGUGUCUGAGCCUGUUCCAGACAUUUCAUUCAUGAAUGGGGGUGGUACCUUAAAUCUGCUUGACAAGAAACGGGUGGGACAUCGUGGUCCAGGUCGCUGGUUUGACUCCAAGCUCAGGAGACGUGGUGCAUGGAAGAUCGUAGCUGCUGUUGUAGCUGCAGUUCUACUUGCAGUUCUCUUUACCGCAGUGAUUACUUGGUCAGGGUCAAAGGCCAUUGUGACUCCUCCCGACAGCCCUGCCACCUGCUGCCCUGAAAACUGGAUCGGGUACCAAGGAAAAUGUUACCUUUUCUCUGAGGAUGAAGCAGACUGGACCUCGAGCCAACAUUUCUGCUCUUCCCAUGGUGCCUCCUUGGCUUGGCUUGACACCCUGCAGGAAAAGGAUUUCUUGAUGCGACACAAGGGCUACCUUGAUCCUUGGAUCGGCCUCAGGCGGGAACCGGGCCAGCCCUGGAAGUGGCCCAAUGGCUCAGUAUUCAAUGACCUGGUUCAAACAGGAGGAGGAGGAGGAGGAGAAUGCGCCUAUAUGUACCAAAUCACUAUCAGCAGUUCAAAGUGCUACACACAGAGGAACUGGAUCUGUAGCAAACCUGAUGAAUUUGCAAAGAGAAAGAUUGCUUAAGAACUAGGAACAUGGGCCAUUUUUAUUUCACUGCUUCCUGGGGUACCAAGAAAAAGACUUUUGGUCUUUGUUUUUCCCUGUUCGGUUUGUUACUCUCACAAUAUUGGGAAAUAUGUGGUUAAAUCUGGUCUUCCCAGGGUGAAGCUGAUGCAAAUGAGAACAGAAUCAGUCCUGCCAGUCUUGUACAUUUCUAUCCCUUAACCUACUUCUAGCAUACAGUGAAGCAGAGGAC